UUUUAAUAAUGAAACGAUUCCGCCUUUUUUGCUUGGGUAGGAUAAGCAGUUGCUUAGAUAAUGUUUGAUGGUUCAGAAAUCGUUUCAUAGGUAUUUUUGGGAAUUGCCAGAAUAAUAAUAAUUAACAAGGAACAUUCAAUAACAGCGUAUUGAUAUUUGGGCAACUAUAAUGUCCAGCAACGGGAGUCAACCACUUCCAAUAUUGGAUUUUGCUAAAUAUUGCAUGAUGCUCGCAGGAAUAUGGCGAUUAUCUCUACCCACAGAAAACCCCCUACUCCGAAGGCUCUACAGAUUUUAUUCGGCAUUUAUUCAAGUCUAUUUUCCGAUGUUUUUAAUUUCUCUUUCCCUGCAAUUAACAAUAUCGAUCACCGACAAUAAUGCACAGCAAACUUUAUCUAAGACGUUUGAGCAGUUAUCCUACGUUAUCGGUCUGUUGACGGUAGGCGUCGCAGCAGUGCUGUAUCAAACCAACAGUGUUAAAGAAAUCAUAACCUACAUCAUCGCCGAGGAUGCAGAUAUAGCACGAUCUGCAGACAAGGAAGAGUUGCGAAGUCAUUCCGAGCAGGUUCAGUUUUGUAGACGAUCCAGUUUUGGGAUAGCUAUUUUGUCAGUUUGGAUGGGUAUAUCAAUGUGUUCAGUCAACUAUUGGACUCGAUUUCAAAUCGAUAAGUACAAGGGAGAACACAACGGGAGCGUUGAAAUGCCGUUUGCCUAUGAUUUGUAUUACUAUAAACUAAACAAGGUUGAGCAUGCUUCGAUUCUGUUACUGAUUAACGAUGCUUCUGUCGUUGUUUGUGGUCUUCUAGCAGCGUCUACGAAAAUAUUCUUUUUUUCUUGUAUUAUCUUUCCAUCGUCGAUUUUAAAGCGUCUGCAGAUUCGAUUUAGGAGAAUGGCUGUGUCUGAAGAAAGAGCAUUGGUUGUAAUGAAGGAAUUUGUAUUGCAACAUCAGCGUGUUAUCCGUUUUAUUGGGAAAUUAAACGCAUCAAUGAAAUACGUGAUAUUUCUCGAGUUCCUGUUAAAUUCGCUGAAUAUAGCCACGGUCUCAUUUCAGUUCAUAUCGGUAAGAACCAGCCUACUCUCAAUUCGAUUAUCAAUUUUACAUUAUUUUAAAAUUAUUUUGUUCUUUGCUUUUCUAUUCACUCAGACAUUUGUCCUCGGAUGGAGCGCCAAUGAGAUAAAGAUUCAAAGUUUAGCUUUGGCAAACGCCGUAUAUAGUAGCCCAUGGUAUCAACAAUGCAAGACGAUCAAAGGAAUGUUGCUCAUUAUGAUGGUCAGAGCUCAGAGACCAUUGGUGCUGACUAUAGGUCCAUUUGAUGCCAUGACUACCCAAUCGGCUUUAGCGAUAAUGAAAGCAUCCUAUUCGUAUAUUAGUGUUAUGAUGAAUAACUAUAACUAAGGACCACAACUUUGAAGUAAAUGUAAUGAAGCAUCCUGUCAAAUAUUUUGUGCACAUUAUCUUCGUAAUUUGCGAGAAGAAAUCGGCGCUUUCGAAUUGGCAGUGUUUUAAAGAGCAAAAUCUAUCUUUGCUUUUCAGUAGAAUCCGGCACGAAUGCAUAGUUAGCUACAAUAGUGAUAUUUAUAUUCAAUUCAGUUAUUCAGAGUGUUAUACCUAUAACGACGGUAUAGGCGACUCCUCAAAUGUAGUAAAGAUCCGACGUGAUUUUUAAAUCAAGGAAAAAGGCAAUUAAUGUAAAUUGUUGUCAAAUUGUCAAACGUCAUGCGCAAUGGGGUUAACCGCGUUCGCACAGAUAUUUUCUAUUGGUUUUAAACCAAAAGGUACGCGGUUCAUUCAGGAUUUCUGAGUUUCCAUUUGGUAGUCAGACCUAUUCUGGAAUCUAUUUCAAGCG